ACCCCCCUGGGAAACAUUCAACACAAGGACCAAUGAACAAAAGAACUACAAAGGACUCCAGACAUGGGAGACAGAACAGAACUUCAAAAUAAGAGACAAGACUAGGGAAACACAAAAUGAGUUCAUUACAGUUCGCUAUUUUUAUUGUGAUUUGAGAAGACUUGGUUUAUAGCUGUCAGUGUUGAUUAACCUUUAUGAUUUAAGCUGUUUGUUUUCUUUUUCUUUUAGCAGGGCAAUAAUUUUCAUAUUUACAUUUAGUCAUUCAUAUUUACACUUUUGGCCAAAGCAACAAAUGAGGUAACAAUAGAUGCAAUUAGAGCAACACAAGAACAGCAAUACAUUAGUGCACCAGAACUAGAGUAACACAGUAGCCUAGGGUAAGCACUUUUUUUAAGACAGAGAAUGUAAAGAUAAGAAUAGAAAAAAGAAAAGAUAUUAGCAGGUGAGGUGUUGGCGGAAGAAAUGGGUUUAGCCAAUUCUUAAAGACUGCUACAGAUUCAGCAGAUCUUGUUGCAACCAGUAGAUCAUUCCAAAGAUGAGGAACAGAACCAGAUAAGGUACACGGUUUUUGUGAUUUGUUAUAGAAGUAUUUGUUGUAAGUAAUGUAACAAUCUACUUACUAUUUUCACUUAACUCCACCUUCUUUGCACUCCAGGUCCAUAAGAACCUCCUCUAAUGUGAACUUCACAAACUCUGUCAAAAAGGAAUGAGAGGAUGAGAGCUCCGGCGCCUUACAAUGAAGACUUGGUUUAAUCAUGGGUGAUAAUCAAAUGAGUUUUUCUAUCACCCUGGUAUUUCUGAAUGAAAACAAUAUCAAGCAAAAUCUGCUGGAUUCUACACAGAGUCAACAUCAGAAACGUACACUUCAAGUAAGCAGAGAGCUGAAUGACAUCUACUUCACCAUUAAUGAUGGUGAUGGCGUCUGUGUUUUAAAAUUUUCAGUCACACGGGAGACAGAAUGUUGUCGUGUGGCAACUCGCUCAUUUCUCAUAACAUUGGGCUGUUUCAGUAUACUUCUGUGCUUCACUACUCAGUCAGAGUUUCAGUACUUCCACAAAAGGCUGAAGUCAUGGAAUGACCUCAGGAGAGAUCAGUCCGUUUUUCACCAGAGUACAGGCGAUUCAUCUACACCACAGCUCAGUCUGUCACAGCAGCAGAACACACUACAGGAUUUUCUCAGAACUGCGACAUACCAAAAAGCCAUUUUGCUCAAUGAUGUUGACUUUAAAGAUAAAGUGGUUCUUGAUGUUGGCUGUGGGACAGGGAUAUUGUCUUUUUUUGCUGUUCAGGCAGGAGCUAAGAGAGUAUAUGCAGUGAAGGCCAGUUCUGCAGCAAAAUAUGCUGAAAUUCUAGUGAAAAGCAAUAACAUGUCUGACAAAAUCACAGUUUUGCAAGGAAAGAUUGAGGAGGUUUCCUGUCCUGAGAAUGUGGAUAUGAUCAUCUCAGAACCCAUGGGCUACAUGCUUCUGAACGAAAGGAUGUUAGAGAGCUAUCUACAUGCCAAAAACUGGUUGAAACCCAAAGGAAUGAUGUUUCCCACUAACAGUGACAUUCACCUCGCACCUUUCACUGAUGAACAGCUUUACAUGGAGCAUCAUGCCCGCUCCAGCUUCUGGAAUCAGAGCAAUUUCUAUGGCGUAAACUUGACUGGACUUCAUUCAUCAGCUGUGGACGAGUUCUUCAAACAGCCAGUAGUUGACACAUUUGAUAUGCACGUUCUCAUGGCCAGGUCUGUAAAGUACAGCAUCAGCUUUCUGGAGGCAAAAGAGGAAGAUUUACACCGGUUGGAAAUUCCUUUUGUCUUCAAAAUGCUGCAGUCGGGACUGAUUCAUGGGCUUGCAUUCUGGUUUGAUGUGGCCUUUGUUGGCUCAAGGAUGACAGUAUGGCUGUCCACUGCUCCCAAUGAACCUCUGACUCACUGGUAUCAGGUGCGCUGUCUCCUGCAAACACCUCUUUUUGCCAAAAUGGGACAGACGUUAUCUGGACAUGUACAGCUAAUAGCCAACAAUAGACAGAGCUAUGACAUUCAUAUAACUGCUGUGGUUGAUCAGUCUGGAUUUAAAUCUGGGAACACACUGGAUUUGAAAAAUCCCUUUUUCCGGUAUGCCUGAAUUCUCAUUCCGGUAAUAAGUACAACAAGACAGAAGACUGGAGGAAUAUCACUCAUAAAUAAAACAGCUUAUCAAGUUAUUCUGUUUUAUUAAUACUAUACAAAUAUUCUGUACUGUCUGCCUGUAUCCUAAUAAAAAAACUGAUAAAUCAUUAUA